CCCACCAUGCAGUCAGUGCUUCCAGGCGGUGUCCAAGUCUGGGUAGGGGGACGGCUCUUUGCAGCUGACAAGGCCUUGCUGGUGGAAAACAGCGGCUUCUUCCGUGGCCUGUUCCGGUCAGGGAUGCAGGAGGCCACCCAAGGUGAGAUCCACCUUGGGGUGCUGAGUGCCGGUGGCUUCCAGACUGCAUUGCAGGUGUUGGGGGGUCAGCAGCCAGCCCUGGGGGGUGAGGAGGAGCUGUUUCAAGCUGUGGAAUGUGCUGCCUUCCUGCAGGUCCCCCCACUGGCCCACUACCUUAUCCACAGCCUCACCUCUGACAACUGUGUGGCAUUGUGUGAGACUGCAUUUGUCUUUGGCUUGUGGGACGUGUUUCACAGAGCGGCACUCUUCAUUCGAGAUGGUCCCCCAGAGAUGGCCGAUGAACUGUCCCCAGAAGUGCGGGCCUAUGUGGAGGCCCUGAGACCCAGCAGCUUUGUGGCUGUUGGUACCCACACGCCCACUCCUGAGUAUUUGGAGGAUGUGACUCGAACCCUGUGCUACCUGGAUGAGAAGGAGGAUGUGUGGCGGACCCUGGCCUCCCUGCCAGUGGAGGCUAGCACCCUGCUGGCUGGAGUCACCACACUGGAGAACAAGCUUUAUAUCGUGGGUGGGGUCCGGGGGGCCAACAAGGAAGUUGUGGAGCCUGGCUUCUGCUACGAUGCUGACCGGGGGACCUGGCAGGAGUUUCCCAGCCCCCACCAGGCUCGCUAUGAUGUGGCACUGGUUGGCUAUGAAGGCAGCCUCUAUGCUAUUGGGGGAGAGUUCCAGAGGGUGCCCCUAAGAUCAGUGGAGCGAUAUGACUUUGCUGCUGGCUGCUGGAACUUCAUAGCAGACCUCCCCCAGCCUGCCGCUGGGGUCCCUUAUGCCCAGACCUUAGGCCGCCUCUUCAUCUGUCUGUGGCAGCCUGCAGACACCACAGCAGUGUAUGAGUACAAGACCCAGGCGGAUGCCUGGCUUCCUGUGGCAUCCCUGAGGAGACCCCAGAGCUAUGGGCACUGCAUGGUGGCACAUCGAGACAACCUCUAUGUGAUCCGUAACGGACCCUCUGAUGACUUCCUUCAUUGUGCCAUCGACUGCCUGAACCUGACCACGGGGCAGUGGACGGCCCUGCCCGGCCAGUUUGUCAAUAGCAAAGGGGCGCUUUUUACAGCUGUGGUGAGAGGGGAUACAAUCUACACUGUCAAUCGAAUGACCACCCUGCUCUACAGCGUUGGCAACGGCUCCUGGAGGCUGCUGAGAGAGAAGGCGGGUUUCCCUAGACCUGGCUCCCUGCAAACCUUUCUUCUCCGGCUGCCUGAUGUGGCCCUGGCCCCUGCAGUCUCCUCCCCAGAGCAAUGACAGGGUGGAACUGUGGAGAAAUCCACGGGACUGAACUCAGAGCAGUCAGCAGGCUUGAGUUUAAGAAGGCGCUUGUGCUGGUACUCAAGGUUGCUUGUCCUUAUCUGCUAUGGCUUGGGGUCCAAGCAGCCAUACCUGAAGUUUCCACCUAGUUCCAUUAUGGCCUUUAUACAGAGAUAUAAAGAACCCCUAUGUGCCAACCUGAAACCUCUCCUGCCUGUCCUGGGUCUGGUUGUAGCUGUUGCUGUGACAUCCCGUUUUUCUUCUCCCCCUCAGGCGUCGUGUCUCCACUGAACCUACAAAGUUGGGAAGCUGAGGCCUGGGGCAUGUCAGACAAGAGAACUGGCUUUGGAGCCCGAGGACCUGAAUUUGGAUCUCACCUCUGUGUGACUUUAGGCAAGUCACUUAUUGUCCGUGUGCAUCGAUUUCCUCAUUUAUGAAGAUGAGGAGGUUGGAU